CCUGUUGUUGACUGUCAGGAACAAAAUUGUAUGUGGGAAGUGGAUCCUAAAAUACAGUUGUACAAGAUCAGUAGGAGAAAUGUGAUGUGCAACAAAGACUGUGAUCCUGGUUAUGAAUAUCAAGGGCCUGAAAGCUACAAAGACUGCUGUGGGAAAUGUGUGCAAACUCACUGUAUCAUCAAUGUCAAUGGCACACAACAUAUACUGAAGGAGGGAGGUGUUUUGCCCACUACAGACCAGAGUUGUGACAGAGUCACCUGCACUAAAGUGAAUGGACAGUUUAUCACCGAUAACUACAGAAUCCAGUGUCCUCCCUUCAACAUCUCCAACUGCCAGCCCGGUACAGUCCAGCUGAUGGCUGAUGGCUGCUGCCACGAUUGUGUGGACAAGUUUAAGGGUUGUCAAGUACAGACUGUUCAUGAUUACAUAAAUCACAACGACUGUCACUCAGAGAGAAAAAUGGACCUGACCUUCUGUGGCGGAGAUUGUGAGAGUUACAGCGUGUACACUGAACCUGGGAUGUCUGCCUGUAACUGUUGCCAGGCAACCCGUAUAAGUAAUCGUACAGUGUCUCUUGGUUGUUCAAAUGGGAACAGAAUACCCUACUCGUACAUCCAUGUUGAGCAAUGCGCCUGUAGCAAAAUAGACUGCCACGGCGCUGGAUUUAGCCAGGGAGCAGCGCGUACAAAACAUCCAUAGGAGUACCUGAUGACU